GGGGCUGAGCGCGCGCUCGUGUGUGUGUGUGCUUUGCGCGUGAACCCUGCGUUCAGGUCUGUAAUUUGCUCCAGAUGACCACUUGGGGCCGGGAUAUGGAUCAUUCUGGGGAGGUGAGCGUUUCCUCACACGGCAUGACAGCGCAGCGCACAAAUACAUGUAUUCUAUGAACAGCAGUUUUUAGCCAUGGAUCCAGACACCUUUUCACACUAAACUAAGUGUAGGACAACUUUCCUCCACAAUGACGGAGCAACAAGUGAAAAAUUGACAUAUGUAUCGGACACCAAAGUGAGAGUGGAGAGUCGGGGUAACUGCACUUGAACACAAAGGGGGAAUGCCGCAUCAGAAGCUUGAGCCAACUGCCGUUUUGGAAUGGAUACCGGUAAUUUCGUUGGUGUCAUCUGCUUUCUCAUUUUCUCUUGUGACGGGUUCCUCUCGCCUUCACCCGCUAGCGGCUUCUGUCCUGAGCGCUGCGACUGCCAGCAAGCGCAGCACAUCCUCUGUACAAACCGGGGGCUGCGCGCGGUGCCCAAGGUGCACUCAUCGCGGGUCCCAGAGGACGUGCUUGUCUUCAGCCUCGGCGGAAACUUCAUCGGUAACAUCUCCGCCUUCGACUUCACACGGUAUGGAAAUCUUAUAAGGUUGAAUUUACAGUAUAAUCAAAUACAGACCAUUCACCCAAAAGCGUUUGAAAAGCUCUCCAAAUUGGAGGAGCUGUAUUUGGGCAACAAUCUGAUAUCAACAAUACCCCCAGAAACUUUACAGUCACUGGCAAAACUGACAACUUUGUAUGGCAAUAACAAUGACAUUAAGAAGAUUACUCCAGAGCUGUUUGGUAACUUGGAGAGCAUUGUGAAGCUGCGGUUGGAUGGGAACGCCAUAGAACUGUUACAGAAUUCAGUCUUUAAGAGCUUGACUAAUCUACAUUAUCUCCAUCUAGAAUCGAACCAGCUGAGUCACAUUCACAGAAACGCCUUUUCCACGCUCACCAAACUGCGCUUUCUCAACCUGGCGCAGAACAAACUGACAGCCGUGCGUAAUGUGUUUACGUUCUCCCAGCUCAGGUCGCUGAAUACGUUGCUGCUCUCUGAAAAUGAAAUACAACACGUCGGAAACCACGUCUUUCAGAAUCUGAAAAAGCUUUCUAAACUAUCCCUCAGCAAUAACAACAUCUACCAUUUGGAAAGCGAGUCGUUGAAAGGACUGUCGAGCUUGACAGAAUUUCUGAUUGACGGGAACGAACUGGAGAAUCUUCCCGCAGGACUUCUCGACCCGCUGGAGAGAGUUGAGGAGCUGGACUUUAGUUGCAACCAAAUUUCCACAGUGGACCCCUCUGCUUUUGAACAACUGAAGCAUCUGAGUGUUUUAAAACUCAAAGACAACAGGCUCACGAGCCUCUCCGGUAACAUAUUCGCCCUCAACAGCGGCCUUUACGAUUUGGAUCUCCAUGGCAACAACUGGACGUGUGACUGCGGCCUGGUCGAGCUGAAGCAGUGGAUGAAGUCGGCACACUCUCAGGGGAAGCUGCUGACCGUUUUCCUGCAAUGUCAUCACCCAGCGACACUGAGGGGGAAGUAUCUAGAUUAUAUCAACAGCUCCCAGCUGCAGCCCCCAGGGAAUUGGAGCCACUUGUGUGUGACCCAGACUAGGCCUGAGGAGAGCAGAGGAGGGGGUGUCCUGGAGAAGGAGCUGGAGGACAGGGAGAGAGGGCAGGGAGAGGUGAGGAAGGAGAUAGAAGGGGAGAGGAGAGGAAUAGAGGCAGAGGAAAGGAAGGAUGGAGAAGAGCAUAGGGAAAUUGGGAGUAGAGAGGGAGUGGAGAUGAAGGCAAUAGAGAAGGUGGGCAGGGGUAGAGAGGGAGAGGAUAGGAAGGAGGGAGAGGAGGAGGUGGGUAUCCAAGGGGACCAGGGAGGGCAAGAUGAGCGGGACAAAUCCCUGUCAUCAAACAGGAAGAGGAGGAAGAAAAUAUCUGCCAGCCCAAGGUCGCGACCUUCUGCUGAGGCUUCUGGGAAGCGUGAGAAAGGGAGGUGGGAUUCCGUUCCGGGCCGCAGCAUUCCUCAAACACAAGCCCCUCUCCUGGACAACCCCACGCCUCCAACCACAACCUGGCCUCAGACAAUUGACCACCAAAAUAGCCAUGGUAACCAUCUCAGUGGGCCAAUCACAGAGCUCCUCACCUCCUCUCCUCCCACCCCUCGAAAAGAGGAACGGUUUGACCUGUUCAGAGGCGGUCACGAGGACAUUAUACCUGCAGUGACCGACCCCUGUGUGUUCAACCGCCACUUCAUCACCAACGUGACAGUCGACCAGGUCGCCUCCAGCACGGCCACGGUCCACUGGACCACACGCGACCACAGCCGCUUUACACCGGGAGCCGGACCGGGACUAGAAGAGGUCCACUACCGAGUGCUGUUUGACCGCUUUGGGUCAUCUGACCGUUUUCCUCGAUACGUGUACGCCCGUGGCACGGCGCGGUCGGUGAUGUUACGAGAACUAAGCCCAGACAUCACCUACAUGGCUUGUGUUGAGGGUGUGGUGGGAGGGUCUGUGUGUCAGGUGGCGCCCAGGGACCACUGCGCCGGAUUGGUCACUCUCCCAGAAGAGGUUCAUCACCAAGAGACACUGACCUCUGACCUCCAACUGGUCACCGUGGGAACACUGGCCGGCAACGCCGUCCUUCUUCUGGUGAUUGGAGGAGCCUGGCUGGGGCGAAGUUUGAGGCGGAAGCUGAAAAGGAGGAAGUCAGCAGUGCAUGUGCGCCACAUGUACUCCACGCGGCGACCGUUCCGCAGCUCCAUGACAACAACGGCGGCGGUGUCAACAGACUUCACAAGCUUCCAGAGCAGCCGGCCGCCACGGCUCGGAAACCUGGAGGAAGGGGGCGACCUUAUAGAGUUCCCCUGCGACCGUUUCCUUGACAUCAGCCCCACCCGUAGAGACAACAGUGACAUGCAGAGGUUCUCAGAUUAAUAAACACCAUAGACCUGGAACUUGAAAACAUGUUUGCGCUGUGACCCACUUAAGCGCUAGAAUAUAUAUUUUUUAUUGUGAGCAUUAGAUAAUCCAUAUUUAGAACCUGAGAACACCAAGAUGCCAUCACCAGGAAGGAACAUCCUCAGGAGAAUGUGUAAGAUGCUGCAGAGACAGAAGUGGACUGGUAUUUAACCUGCACUCUGGAGCACUUCAUGACCAUAACAGGACCACAGCCAGGGUUGAGUUAUGACCAUAGAACCACAAGGUUAUAUUCAUGACCACAGAACCACAGUAAGGUUGUGUUCAGGCAAUAUGACCACAGUUAUAGUUCUGUUAUGACCACAGUUAUAGUUCUGUUCAUGGGUUAUGACCAUAUGACCAUAGUUAUGUUCAUGGGUUAUGACCAUAUGACCAUAGUUAUGUUCAUGGGUUAUGACCAUAUGACCAUAGUUCUGUUCAUGGGUUAUGACCAUAUGACCAUAGUUCUGUUCAUGGGUUAUGACCAUAUGACCACAGUUAUAAUCCUGUUCAUGGGUUAUGACCAUAUGACCACAGUUAUAGUUCUGUUCAUGGGUUAUGACCAUAUGACCACAGUUAUAGUUCUGUUCAUGUGUUAUGACCAUAUGACCACAGUUAUAGUCCUGUUCAUGGGUUAUGACCAUAUGACCACAGUUAUAGUUCUGUUCAUGGGUUAUGACCAUAUGACCACAGUUAUAGAUGUGUUAUGACCAAAGUUGUCUUUUUAUGGGUGAUCAAAUAGCUGAGCUCAUCAGGGCUGAUUCAGACACUACAGGAUGUCAAUCCCACAGACUUCCUCUAAGCCUCAUGCAUUUCCUGUUCCAUUGCCGUGUGUGUGUGAGAGAGAGAGAGAGAGAAUUACCUGAUUUCAUCUGGUGCUAAUAUUAGACUAAUAGACAUUAAAUUGUGUAUAAAAUGUCAUUUGUAAUGUGCUUGAAAAUGCAAGAAAAGAUGGCUGCUGGUUGGCAGAAAUAAUUAUUUUGUUUGAUGUUUUGAUACUUUUAUACUCAACUAUGUAUUGUGCUGGUGCUAAGUAACAAGUAAGUAACCAUGCAUUCCUGACUGUUGGACGUAAUGGUCCAUUUGUCUGUAUGAAAAGAAAGACCGAUGCCUUUGCAAAUAAUGGUGUAAGUCCUUUGUUCAUAUGGCUCCGAUACAAAUAAAGAAACCAAUAUUAUAGUUUUGCUAUUUUUACAGAAGGGCAGUAAGUUUAAUGUUUGUAGUAAUACUGCAUAUUCAUUCAUUAGAAAAUAUGUUGUGUGUGUGUAAUGUAUGCCUGCAUUUGUGCAAGUGUGUGUGUGUGUGUGUGUGUUUCAUCAUGUACUUAAAGUGUGUGUGCGUGUGUUUCAAGACAGAAAGUCUGGCAAUAGUUAGGUGUUUUUUUGGGUAGACCGGGUGGAGUACCUCCAACACUCAGGCCUGAUCAGCUCUACACUCCAAGCCUGUCAACAGUGUGUUACCAUAACAACAGCAGACACAGACAGACAUAUAGACCAGGAAACACGGUCUGAGAUAUGAAACAGAAACAGUAUAAUCCACUUCAAUAUCCUAGUUGUUUAAGACUGAUAUGUUACUUAAGUUUUUGUUAAACUAUAGUGGAUUGGGCCUGUCCCCUACUGAUAGUGAAUAAAAGUCAUCACUAUUGACUUUGACUAGUUCUUGGCCCUCUCACAUCCAUUUUCUUUCACUCAACCUGCUAAAGCUAAGUUACAGACGGGUAAAUGAAUCUGUGAUCGCUGACCUUUGACUCAUUCAAUCAGGGUGCCUCAAACUGUCUUCAGUUCCAGAAGAUAUCGCUAGGGGGCAGACUAUAACCAUUCGUCUGACAGGCCUAUUAGAUCGAAUGACAUUUUCUCCUGAUGGAGGCAACGGAACUUGAGUAAAAAUCACAAUAAGAUACCAGAGAAUAAGUGCUUUUAUUUUCGUAUUUAGGUUUGUAGCGAUUGUCAAUAUCUGUACAAAAAAAUAAUAAACAAAACACAUCACAAUACAGACACAGAAGGAUACAUAGAUACAGGUAACAGGUUAUAGGCCAACGUACUGUGUGAGCCUAGUUUACAUGAUAAAUACACUGUAGGAAACUAGUAAGUGCUUUACAGAGGUUAAACAAAGGGCCAGGAGUUAUCUUGGUCAAGUGA